AUGGUAGUCGUGUCUUUCUUGGGAAUAGCUCAGAUACUGAGCAAGUCAACACGCUACGAUCUUCGCAGGCCGGAACUUGAUCCGCAUGAUCGGCUUAAGAGAGUCGUACACCGUGCCAAAAGGAAGCCGCGUGGUAGCGUAUGUUCGAGGGAUUAUGAGAUGUCUGAUUUACAGAAGUCUGGCACGAUCACGGUGACCCGAUCUCUGGAAGCCUUAGCGGUCACCAGGGCGCAGUCCAAGUCGCGCCUCGUGCGCCUGCUAUCCGCGUAUCCUUUUGUCGUUUGCCUCGCUGAGCACAGUCACCAGGUAGAUAUCCUGAAUCUGGCCUUGACUUGUAAAGAGGCGUACCGAAAAGUCUUGGGAUUUACCCGCAACGAUCACCAAUACAUCGUUCAAAGAACAUGCCCGGGAUACACGACGUCCUGCUUUGGUUGUGGGAUCAAAGUCUGUCAGGCAUGCUGGGUAACCCUGCAUGCUGGGAAUCGCCGCUAUUGGCAUAUCAAGCAUCCUUCCGGGUCUGUGUUUGUAUCUCGAAGGAAGACCCCGCUAGGCGGACUCCUUCUGGACGCGUAUGCGCCAAGUGCAGGACUUCGAAGCCUGGCAUACGGUGGUGGCGUUGCAAGUCGUGCGGGAAGGAAUGUAAUGAUAAGAGCCAUUUGUUUUCUGCUUUCACCUGAAUGUCAGUCAGAUAGAGUUGCUGUAUUUUGCUGUUCUAGGCCAAGUUAUGAAUUUGCUACUUUAGACCUGUUGACUGUGAUGAGAUUUUCUGUCUGA